AUACGGUAAUGGAGUGGAUUUGUAACAUUUUUUAUUUUCAUGUGUAUUUUUCAAAACUUCACAAGUAAUGGAUUAGCAAUUGAAAUAUGGGUGCGAAUAUCUCUCAACUAGAAAGAGAUAUUGGAUCUGAACAGUUUCCUUCAAAUGAACACUACUUUGGAUUAGUAAAUUUUGGAAAUACCUGUUACAGUAAUUCUGUACUUCAGGCUUUAUAUUUUUGCAAACCUUUUCGAGAUAAAGUUCUCGAAUAUAAAGCAAAAAAUAAGAGAAAUAAAGAAACUCUUCUAACAUGUUUGGCAGACUUAUUUUACAGUAUUGCUACACAGAAAAAGAAAGUAGGUUCUAUUGCUCCAAAAAAAUUUAUAGCAAGGCUGCGAAAAGAAAAGGAGGAAUUUGAUAACUACAUGCAGCAAGAUGCUCAUGAAUUCUUAAAUUUUUUAAUUAAUCAUAUUAGUGAAAUAAUAUUAGCAGAGAGACAGCAAAAUACCACAAUGAAUAACAUUAAAUGUAAGAAUUCAGGUGAAAAUGGUAUUAUCCAUUCUCAGACAGAACCUACUUGGGUGCAUGAAAUAUUUCAGGGUAUCUUGACGAGUGAAACGCGUUGUUUGAAUUGUGAAACUGUGAGUAGUAAAGAUGAAGACUUUUUUGACUUGCAAGUGGAUAUCGAGCAAAAUACCAGUAUCACACAUUGUCUUCGAUGUUUUAGCAAUACAGAAACAUUGUGUAGUGAUAAUAAGUUCAAAUGUGAUAACUGUAGUUCUUAUCAAGAGGCACAGAAAAGAAUGAGAGUGAAGAAAUUACCGAUGAUUCUUGCACUUCAUUUAAAAAGAUUUAAAUAUAUGGAACAAUACAAUAGACACAUCAAAGUGUCCCACAGAGUUGUAUUUCCUUUAGAAUUGCGAUUAUUUAAUACAUCUGACGAUGCUGUUAACCCUGAUAGACUUUAUGACUUGGUAGCUGUGGUAAUCCACUGUGGUAGUGGGCCUAACCGUGGACAUUAUAUUAGUAUUGUAAAAAGUCAUGGUUUUUGGUUACUUUUUGAUGAUGAUCAGGUCGACAAGAUAGACGCGUCCACAAUUGAAGAUUUUUAUGGUCUAACGUCGGAUACGCAAAAGUCGUCUGAAACCGGUUACAUUUUAUUUUAUCAGUCCAGAGAAAGCUUAUGAGUGUCAUUUUCUCCGCCAGGACAACGAAAGCCUUUCACUACAAUCGCUACUAUGUUCGCUGGUUUCGAGGCCUUCUUCGGUAAUAAAAAAUAAUCGACUGUAAAUGAGAAAGAAAGUGUGUGUACGUGAGAACCAGGAAACAACGGAGAAGUUGGGUAUGGGAUGUGCUGUGUCUUUUAUCAAAGAUCAAAACAUAGGUGGGCGACAAGGUAGCUCAGAAAGAAGUUUUUUUUUAAGUACAUAAUCCAAACGGAAACUGUAAACUGCAUUUUCAAAACUAAAUAUAUAGGAAGACAUUA